UCUCUCCAUGAUCGUGCAGUAGAGUUAUAUUAUCAAAUUAAGGGUGGUCAAGUGGAUUAUGGACACGCUCAUUCCCGUCAAUUCUGUCAUAGGCAAUUAGGUCAGACAUAUGAAGGUUUGGUGCCCGAUUGGAGUCUUGAGAAUCCAAUCGUUUUAAUCGGUAAGGGCUACGGUGCAACGACUGCACUUCAUCUUCAACAUCUCCUAUCUACUAAUUUUUUCGGUCAGCAUACCUCAGGAAGUAUGAUAAAAGGUGUAAUUUGUUGGUCCGCUCCUCAUCGUGGUUCUACACUUCCUUAUUACCUUGGUCUUGAACCUGGUUCAAGAUGUAUUGUGAACCCUAUCUCUAUCCUCCAAUUAUUUUUUUCACUUAUUCACCUUAUAUGUUAUUUCUCCUUUCUUGAACGAUUUUUUAAUUUUCGUUUGAAUGAUCAAUGGUAUCUCGCCCCAAAGAGUGAAGGUGGUGAGCAAUCAUUUUGUAGUGCACUUACUGCACGUAGUAGAUUUACUUAUUUUGGUGAUAACUUCUUGGUUGAUUGGUCUGUGGAGGGUGCAAGAAUGCGUUAUUCUGGUGAUGAAAAAGAUAAACAUAUUUUGGAUUCACGUUGUGUUUACAUAAAUUAUGUUUCGACUUGCCAAACCUGGGGUUCAAAAAUAACUGGUUAUCACUGGCCACGCUUAUCAUGGAGAAAUUUACCUACUACUUUUAUUUCAAUAAUUCUUGGUCAUUAUAAAUUUACACCUGAAAUUGAACAAAAAGUUUUGCGCACAUCAUCUUCCACUUUCUGGUCGAAUAAUGGUUCUCUUUCUGUUUAUUCUCAACAACCCCCUCCGCAUCAACAAAUUUUAAUGAAUAUAGCCCUUGAUCAAAGACUUUAUGAUCCCAUAGAACAUGAAAUCACACCUGGUGUUUGGUACAAUGUAUAUGUUGAUGAUCGUACACAAACCUUCUUAUUUGACAGUGAGCCUUUUUUAGCUACUCUACCGUUGAUUGAAAAUAUGCUUAAAUGGCCUCUUGUAAAGAAAUUCAAUGAAUUCUUAACGCGUAAUGUCGAUGACUUUGAAUCUUUUUACGUUAAUUGCGUUGAAUACUGUGAGCGUAAGUUGUUUUCCUCUGGGCAACCUGAAGAUAAUGUAGCUACCUCAUCAAAAUCACAAAAUAUCACAUCUAUCUCUGAACGUACAGAGAAAUACACAUGUGACAAAGCUGGACUCGAAUGGAUCCAUAAAAUUGAAACAAUUGAAAUUCUUAAUAGUCCUAGUAAAAUGUUUUAUUGGGUAAAAAAAUAUCAAGCGAGUUUAGAACAUGGAGCUUUGUCUGAAAGUGGAAACAUUGAUAAAGUUGCAGGUAAUCCACUUCCUGUACCACCGUUUGCGCAAGGGCCAACUUUUGUUAAAGCUAAAAAUAAAUUAACUGCUGAAGAUUAUAAAGCAUCGGUUAUUUAG